GUUUUACAAACGCCCUUAUUCACUGACUCGAUACAACCUGCGGGGGGCAGUAACAUAACUUUACUGAUUUCCGGUCUGUAACACAAGGAAAACCCACUUCCGCUGUGGUCGGCGUGUUGGAACAUUUUAGGUUUCAAACAUGGACGUGCUUUGUGGUCCAAUGGCCUUGGGUGUGGUCACUGGACUCGGCUGUGGGAUCCUUCUGGGUUGGCAACUACGGUCCCGAUUGGGGCUAACCUCCAAAAGCCUGAAGGCGGUUAUGGGAAAUGGUUGUGGUGAGGCGAGCGUGAUGGGAGAAGGAGGAGAGUUCAAGAUGAUCCUGGUGGUCCGGAACGAUCUGAAGAUGGGUAAAGGCAAGGUGGCAGCUCAGUGCGCCCACGCCGCGGUGGCGGCCUACAAACAGGUCCAGCGCAGAAACCCAGACCUGCUCAAACAGUGGGAGUACUGCGGCCAGCCCAAGGUGGUGGUCAAGUCUCCUGACGAGGACACCCUCAUUCAUCUUCUGGGUCACGCCAACGAAGUGGGACUCCCUGUGAGUCUGAUCCAGGAUGCAGGGAGGACACAAAUCGCUCCCGGCUCUCGCACAGUGCUUGGUAUCGGCCCAGGCCCCGCUGGUCUCAUUGACGAAGUCACUGGAGACUUGAAGCUUUACUGAACUUCCUGCAUAAACAGUUCUGUCUUUCAUACAAGAGAAGACGUGUCAUGUCUUGCUGUUGGAAAAAGUUUUUAAUAUUUUGAUGACUUUAAUUACAUGAGUUUGUUCUCCACCUCCGCAAACCACAAUCAUAAACCUGGCUCAACUGUUGCAUUUCUGCCAGUUAGUAAACAUCUCUCUAGAUAACACAGUAGUUUUAUUGUGGCCUUUAAUUUUACUAGUACUCCAUUACUUUGCUGGGAUUACUUUACCAUCAAUGGUCACACUUUGUUAGUUCAAAGUGUUUCUUGAGUACAACAAUUGAAUGAACUCAUGUCAUUUUUAAUUAUAUGAAGCGGUUCAUGGUUAGACUUUUGUAAUAUAGGGUUAGAGGUGGCAUACAGAAAAAUCAGGAUGUCAAAACGUAUUUUGUAUUGAAAAUGUAUUUACAAUCAACAUAUGCAGUUCAUUCUUCAUUUUACAGUAUGAAAUAGUUCUGAGGAAACGUUACUUGCUGCAAUGGACGUGUCUACAGGCCUUUUACUGCAAUGUAUUUUAUGAACUUUGAGCAGAAGUUCUGUAGUUCAACAAAAAACUAUAUAUUCUUUACCAAGCUGAAAUAAGAAAUUGUACUUGUUAACUGAAGAAUAUGUAAAAUGGUCUUGUACAGUUUAUUAAAAAGCAGAUGUGAAUGUUCACAUUCUCAGAGAAGAAAAAAAUAUUCGAGAUGAAAUAUUUUCUUUCUUAAUGUAAGCAGUGUAGCAUGUGCCAUAUCAAACUGCCUUGCAAACAGCUCAGGAUUUUAGCUCGCUGCCCAGCGCGCUCGCCUCUUACUCAGCGAACUCAUUUUAGAGCAGAUAUUUUACAGAAGCGCUACUUGAAAACAGUUGGCUAAAACCAAUACAAUUGAAGAUUAGCAUCUUAGCUUUAUGUUAAAGAUUACAAGUUGUCACAUCUGAUAUCGUAUUACCAAUUUUAUUUUACCAUAUGUUGAUGGCCAUUAAAAGAAACAAGCUGAUGGUUGAAAAUGUGUUUUGACAAUACAGUUGCACACAAAUAUGUAAUUUCAACAUCUACAGACUUAAGGAAAAUGUCUACCAUGUUUACGUUAUUUGAACUUUGCAAAUUACAUUUUAAAUAAAGAAUUACUAAAUUUAGACUUUAGUAGUUUGUAGGGCUGUGAAUCUUUGGGUGUCCCACAAUUCGAUUCAAUAUCGAUUCUUGGGGUCACAAUUCAAUUCAAAAUCGAUUUUUUUUCCCCAAUUCAACACGAUUCUCGAUUCAAAAACGAUUUUUCCCCGAUUCAAAACGAUUCUCUAUUCAUUCAAUACAUAGGAUUUCAGCAGGAUCUACCCCAGUCUGCUGACAUGCAAGCAGAGUCCUGAAGGAAUCAAAGUAUUAUCUAUCUAUCUAGUAGAUUUUUGUAAAAAGCUUUUAUAAUUGUAAAGGACAAUGUUUUAUCAACUGAUUGCAAUAAUGUAAAUUUGUUUUAACUAUUAAAUGAACCAAAAAUCUGACUUAUUUUAUCUUUGUGAAAAUAUUGGACACAGUGUGUUGUCAAGCUUAUGAGAUGCGAUGCAAGUGUAAGUUUGGAUGUGGAAAUUUUACCACAACCUCCUUCCAGGAAGCCUUUAACAAAAAAUAAAAUUCAACCUAUGAUUGAUGAAUCAUUAACGUUUGUACUGUGUAGAUUUUGGAACAUGUAAGCUUUAUGCAUAUUAUGGUUUGUUGUUUUAUUGGCUUGUGGUACAUUGUAGAAAUGGAAAACCUUUUGAAAAAGUAAAACUGGAAAGACGAGCAAAACUGUACAACAUGAAGAGAAAAAGCUGAAUUAUUGAUACCAAAAAAACUACCACAAUACUCUAUUUUAAUGCAUAUCAACUCUUCUUUGCCCUUUUUGUGUAUUUCAUAAGCAUUGUUAGAUGUCAUACUGAUACAGGUGAGUGGUUCUAAAUGUGAGAUACUUCAUUAUGGUAGAAAUACUGGCAUACAUUGUACAGUUUUUUAAUAUGUGUCAUUCUACUCAUGUUGGACAUAAAUCAACAUUAAUUCUAAGAUGUAAUCAAUACACUGGUCAAUUAAAAUUGACAAUUGAUGACUUACUAAAAGACUUUGACAAACCAGAAGCUUUUAUUUUUAGUGGAAAACAAAAGGUUUUUUUCAUUCAUUCUCAUCCUGGUUAUGCACAAUUUCUUUCUAGGAUGGUUCAAGAUUAUACAAUGAAAAAGGAGCAAAUGAUUGGUUUGUUUGCUAGAUGUACUUGAAAUGACCACCAGAUCAUGUGACGUGUGUCAACUACCAUAUUUGUCAAGCACAAUUACAGCUAAGAGUCGGAAUGUUGCGUUUUAUAAGCGCCUUGAUAUCGCCAUGAUGACAGUGUGGAUGUACAAAGUCCUGCAUAGACUGGAAGGAGUCCACAUUGAAAAAAAUCAGGGGGACGUGAGUGGGACAAAUGUAGUGUUUGUGGGCUGUGGUGGUCACAUGAUCAAAUAGAAUAUACAAUAUUAAGUGUGUUUUAGUCAGAGAAUGCUGCUCACACAAGAAAAGGAAACUUCUACAAGAAUUUCUUCUCACUACUGAGUGCAAAUCAGGUGCUUCAUCACAACAGACCCCUUUUCUUUUACCCAGAAGAGAACUAGCUCUUCUUCCUGCCGCCCACCCUAUUCUACAUAAACCUUUCACCUUUCUAACGACAUAGAAGAAAUUAAUCCAAACGGAAUGUGAGAAUAUUCAUCUUUGUGAUUAAAUCUUUGACAAAAAAAACAAGAGUCCUUCAUGAAAGCUUUAAGGGAGAAAAGUAGAAACAAAAAGG